AUGCCCCGGGACUCUCAGGAGAAGAGCCAGGCCUACCCCCGCUGUCGCCCUGGGAGCCACGCAGGCCGUAAGGGCCCCAAGGCCUCCGCAGCCGCCGCCAUGUACACCUUCCUGCCAGACAACUUCUCACCUGCCAAGCCUAAGCCUUCCAAAGAGCUGAAACCACUGCUGGGCUCUGCUGUGUUGGCGCUGCUCCUGGUGCUCGCCGCCGUUGUGGCCUGGUGCUACUACAGCGCUUCUUUACGCAAGGCAGAACGCUUGCGCGCAGAGCUGCUGGACCUCAACCGCGGCGGCUUCUCCAUCCGCAACCAGAAGGGAGAGCAGGUCUUCCGCCUUGCCUUCCGGUCAGGUGCGUUAGAUCUGGACUCCUGCAGCCGCGAUGGCGUCUUGCUCGGCUGCUCGCGCACCGCGGAUGGGCGUCCGCUGCACUUCUUCAUCCAGACUGUUCGACCCAAGGACACAGUCAUGUGCUACCGUGUUCGCUGGGAGGAGACAACGGCAGGGCGCGCUGUGGAGCAUGCCAUGUUCCUGGGCGACUCCGCAGCACAUUGGUACGGUGGCGCCGAGAUGAGGACGCAGCACUGGCCCAUCCGCCUGGAGGGCCAGCAGGAGCCACAACCUUUUGUCACUAGCGAUGUCUACUCCUCUGACGCUGCCUUUGGGGGUAUCCUUGAGCGCUACUGGCUGUCGUCGCGCGCAGCUGCCAUCAAGGUCAAUGACUCGGUGCCCUUCCACCUGGGCUGGAACAGCACGGAGCGUUCACUGAGGCUGCAGGCGCGCUACCACGACACGCCCUACAAGCCACCCUCAGGCCACAUGGCAGCACCAGAGCUCAGCUACCGGGUGUGCGUCGGCUCCGAUGUCACCUCCAUACACAAGUACAUGGUGCGGCGCUACUUCAACAAGCCGUCAAGGGUGCCAGCGCCCGAGGCCUUCCGGGACCCGAUCUGGUCCACGUGGGCCCUGUACGGGCGCGCUGUGGAUCAGGACAAGGUGCUGCAGUUCGCCCAGCAGAUUCGCCAGCACCGCUUCAACAGUAGCCAUCUGGAAAUCGACGACAUGUACACACCUGCUUAUGGCGACUUCGACUUCGACGAAGCCAAAUUCCCCAAUGCCAGCUACAUGUUCCGCAGUUUGCGCGAUGCUGGCUUCCGUGUUACGCUCUGGGUGCACCCGUUUGUCAACUACAACUCCUCGCGCUUCGGCGAGGGCGUGGAGCGCGAACUGUUUGUGCGCGAGCCCACAGGCCGGCUGCCUGCCCUGGUGCGCUGGUGGAAUGGCAUCGGCGCUGUGCUCGACUUCACGCGUCCAGAGGCCCGCGACUGGUUCCAGGGCCAUCUGCGGCGCCUGCGCUCACGGUACUCCGUGGCUUCCUUCAAGUUUGACGCGGGUGAGGUCAGCUACCUGCCGCGGGACUUCAGCACGUACAGGCCACUGCCUGAUCCCAGCGUGUGGAGCCGGCGCUACACCGAGAUGGCAUUGCCCUUUUUCUCGCUAGCCGAGGUCCGCGUGGGCUACCAGUCGCAGAACAUUUCGUGUUUCUUCCGUUUGGUGGACCGUGAUUCGGUGUGGGGCUAUGACUUGGGCCUGCGCUCGCUCAUCCCUGCUGUGCUUACGGUCAGCAUGCUGGGCUACCCAUUCAUUCUGCCUGACAUGGUGGGCGGCAACGCGGUGCCCGAGCGCAUGGCGGGCAGAGGCGAUGUGCCAGAGCGCGAGCUGUACGUGCGCUGGCUGGAGGUGGCUGCUUUCAUGCCAGCCAUGCAGUUCUCUGUCCCACCGUGGCGCUAUGACGCUGAAGUGGUAGCCAUCGCGCACAAGUUUGCCGCGCUGCGGGCCUCGCUGGUAGCGCCACUACUGCUUGAGCUGGCUGGUGAGGUCACCGACACCGGUGACCCCAUCGUACGCCCCCUCUGGUGGAUCGCACCUGGCGAUGAGACGGCACACCGCAUCGACUCUCAGUUCCUUAUCGGGGACACGCUGCUUGUGGCACCGGUGCUGGAGCCCGGCAAGCAAGAGCGUGACGUCUACUUGCCUGCUGGCAAGUGGCGCAGCUACAAGGGCGAGCUUUUUGACAAGACACCUGUGCUUCUUACCGAUUACCCCGUGGACCUAGAUGAGAUUGCCUAUUUCACCUGGGCGUCCUGA